AUGGCUACACCCGCUGUACUGGCAGAUUCUGCUGGUGAUCCUCAGGUCGACGCCGAUAAUCUUAAUGCAAUGGCGUCUGCAUAUGUUCAGCCCCAACAUAAGAAAUUCCACGAUUCUUCAGUCACUUUUGAGGAAUAUCAUUAUUAUGCCGGUAUCGCACGCACAGAAGAGGAUGCCAGUACUAAUGAUGAUAUUAGCGACACCACUUUGUUUUCUCUUAUUGUUCCACCCAAGAAUUUAAAGGGUCAAACUCCGGUCAAUUCCGUACCUGUGGCGGAGAAGUCGAAUGAGGGAAAUGCUAAGAAUGGAGCUGCAAAGAUAGAUAUUGAGAGAAAUGUACAUGAUAUGUCCCAUGGUGAUCGUUCGACGAUUGCAAAUGAUGAGUGGACAAAUGCCAGUAGGGCUUUGAGAACGGCUACUUGGUCUUCAGUUUUUUAUCUGAUUACCACAGAUAUCUUGGGCCCUUUUGGUGUUCCUUUUGCCUUAGGUACUCUAGGCUGGGGACCUGGUAUCGCACUCUAUACUGUAUUUGGAGGAUUGGCAGUUGGUGGGUUCCUUUUAUACUACAUGUUCCUCGGGCUCGAUUCCCAUCAGUAUCCAUUGAGAACGUAUGGAGAUAUAGCUUUCCGAGUUUAUGGAGCACCUGUUCGACACACAGUCAAUAUUCUUCAAUCUAUCCAACUCCUCUUCAAUGUCGGUGUGAUUGUUGUUGGCAGUGGGCAGGCACUUUCUCAAGUCUCAAAAUUCAAACUAUGCUACGCAAUCUGCUGUCUGGCAUUCGCGCUUGCUGGUUUUUUCCUUGGUCAAGUUCGCACUUUACAAAAGUUUGGCUGGUUAGCCAAUGCCGCCAUCUGGAUGAACGUUUUCAUCAUUUUGUGUUCGAUGAUUGUCAUUUCACAUAGUGCGCCAAAUUACUUAGCUGUGGAUGCUGCUGCUGGAACUGCACUUGGUGGUGCACUCGUCAUCCCGGAUGAUGCUGGUAAAUUUCCACCCGUCACAACAUUUGGCAAUCUCCCUCCUUCAACAGCUGGUUUCACUGGUGCCGUGAAUGGACUCAUGCAAGCCGUUUAUGCAUAUGGAGGAGCUAUGUUAUUCACAGAAUUCAUGUCGGAGAUGCGCAAGCCCCGUGACUUUUGGAAGGGUAUGAUUUGUGCUCAAGCAUUCAUCUAUAUUCUGUACAUGAUCUACGGAUGCUUCAUCUAUGGCUACCAGGGUCAAUAUGCUGUCAAUCCUUCCUUUCAAGGUGUAUCCCCCUAUGCAUGGCAAACUGUCAACAACAUUAUUGCGUUCAUGUCAGCUCUUAUCGCAGCGGGCCUAUACGGUAAUAUCGGUAUCAAAGUCCUAUACAAUAACAUAUUAAUGGAUUUCUUUGGUGCACCACCUCUCAACUCACAUAGAGGAAAAUUGAUUUGGAUGAGCAUUGUUCCAGUUUAUUGGUCAAUCGCUUAUAUCGUUUCUGCUGCCAUACCAAAUUUCUUUGGUCUCUCGUCCCUUGUCGCAGCCCUCUGUAUUCUACAAUUCACUUACACAUUUCCGCCUAUCCUCUACGUGGGCUACUGCAUCCGAGUUGAUGCUAUUCUUGAUACGGAAGGUUUCAAUCCCACCACCGGUCAAGUCACACUCACGGACACUGGGUUUAAAAGAAUCCUGCGAGGUUUCAAAAAGAGAUUUAUUUUGAACACCUGGAACAUCAUUUACUUCUGUGGUGCAUUGUUGACGGCUGCUUUGGGCGCGUAUAGUGCUAUUGAAGCAUUGAUUGCGGCCUUUAAGGAGCCUAAAAUCACGGCUUUUACGUGCAGGAGCCCAGUAAAUGCUGGAUAA